CGUCUCCACCACCAAGACCUCGCAUUUCAUUUUGCAUUUGGCCGCCAACCUCACAACAACCACAGCAGCACACGUACAAUGGCCGUCUACCAUGCGAUGGAACCCGAGCGCGCGCCAAAGUCGACGACGCGCAAGAUUCUGACGUCGUUGACCUUUUGGAUCAUCCUCGGCACGAUCAUCGGCGUCCUCAUCGGCGAGUUUGCACCGGAUUUUGGCAAGGACGCGGCGCCCAUGGCCCAGAUCUUCCUGCGUCCGAUCCAGUUCAUCGUCUUCCCGCUCGUCUUUUCAUCGCUCAUUGUCGGUAUCGCUGGCAACAACGACCUCAAGCAGCUCGGCCGCCUCUCGCUCAAGUCGUUCAUCUACUUUGAAAUCGUCACGACGCUGGCGCUCAUUGUCGGGCCUCCUCGCCGUCAACUGGGGUCCCAGCCGGGCAAGACGGGCAUCACCAAGAAGGGCAACGUACACGGGGUCGCCGUCGUCCACCUUUACGUUUGCCCAUUGGAUCAACCAUUUGACGCCCAAGACGUGGGGCGAGAUGAUGGGCGGCUCGGGCAGCUCGGAGCUCCUCCAAGUGCUCGUGGCCUCGAUCCUUGUGGGUGUCGCCACCGCGCAGACCCCACGGCCACCACAAGCAAGUGCUCCUCGAG